AUGCAAAUGAGGCGCCUUGGCCCCGCCCCGCGCCCCUGCCUCCUGGCCCCGCUGGCGACGGGACGGCCGGCCCCGCGCUCAGUCGCUGCAGCGGGAGGAGGAAGCGGCGGGACGGACGCGCGGCCCUGCGGGAAAACUCAGUGCUGGGAAACGCAGAUGCUCCCAGUGAGCGGAACUAACAUGCGGCAUCACGUCUUGCUUGGGUUUGUCCUGACAAGUUUGUGGCACUCCGUUGGCACCCAGGAGAAUCUCCACUGGGAAAUUCAGCGUUACGAUGGGUGGUACAACAACCUCAUGUAUCACAGUCACAGUUCAACAGGAUCACGGCUUUCACGCCUCAUGCCCGCUAACUACGCAGACGGCGUCUACCAAGCCCCACAGGAACCGCGUGUUCCCAAUGCACGCAGGCUCAGCAACGUGAUUGCACAAGGCGAAUCGGGAUUGCCCUCGGACGACAACCGAACUGUUCUCGGCGUCUUCUUUGGUUUCCACGUGCUCUCUGAGAUCCUGGAAGCCGACAAGCCGGGCUGUCCCGCUGAGUUCUUAAACAUGCCUAUCCCUAAAGCAGAUCCAGUAUUUGACCCAGCAAAGUCAGGGAGCGUCAUGCUGCCUUUCCAACGCAUGCAGUGGGUGGCGGGAACCGGACAAAGCCCGAACAGCCCCCGGGAUCAGGUAAACGGUGUUACGGGUUGGCUGGAUGGCAGCGCAAUCUACGGCCCGUCGCAUUCCUGGAGCGAUUCUUUGAGAGCUUUCUCUGGAGGGAUGUUGGCUCAUGGAGCUGACCAGGACCUGCCGCGGCAGACGCAGGCGACCAGCUUAAUGUGGAAAGCUUUGGAUCCGUCCACCGGAAACGGUGGGCCACAAGGGAUUUUUGACUUCGGAAGUGCCAGAGGGAACGAAAACCCAUUCCUGCAAUCCAUGAGCAUCGUCUGGUUCCGCUACCACAACUACCAGGCGCGGGAGCUUGCCAGGCAGAACCCCACCUGGUCCGAUGAAGAUCUGUUCCAACAUGUGCGCAAGUGGGUCGUGGCCACUUACCAGAAAAUUGUGCUGUAUGAAUGGCUGCCGAUCUUUCUGGGAAACAGCAUUGCAGAAUAUAAAGGUUACAAGCAGCAUAUAGAUUCCAGAGUCUCUCCUGAAUUCCUGGCGGCUUCUGCCCUCUUCCUGGGCACCAUGGUCCCUUCCGGAGUCUACAUGAGGAACUCAUCUUGUGGCUUCCGAGAUGUGACAACCAAAGACGGCAAAUCCUUUCCAGCCCUCCGGCUUUGCAACUCUUACUGGAGCCGAGAGAAUCCCAAUCUCCAAACAGCAGAGGAUGUCAGUGAUUUGUUGCUGGGGAUGAGUUGCCAAAUCGCUGAACGGGAAGACAAUAUUGUGGUUGAAGAUCUCAGAGAUUACUGGUAUGGGACUGUGAAGUACUCCCGCACCGACUUCGUGGCCAGUUGGUUCCAGCGUGGGCGGGACCUUGGUUUACCCUCCUAUAACAAAGCCAGGAAGUUCUUCCAGUCCAACCCUGCUGUUGACUGGCAGAAGAGCAAUGCCGAAAUCUUUCAGAAGAACCAGACGCUGCUUGAGGGACUCGUGGCCCUGUACGGAAAUGAUACGGACAGCCUAGAGCUGCUGCCCGGGGCUUUGCUGGAAGCGAACCGAACCCUUUUCCGUGCUAUCGUGGAGGACCAGUUUGUGCGCCUGAGAGACGGAGACCGGUUCUGGUUUGAAAACACCAAGAAUGGGUUAUUCUCUCCUGAAGAGAUUGAGGCCAUUAAAAACACCUCUUUCCAUGAUAUUCUCACUGCUGUCACCUAUGGGAAUUCAAUCAAAAUCCAAACAGAUGUGUUCCGCUUGAACAGUGAUGUGUGCCCUCAGUCCCAGCAGUUAGCUGCGCAACAGCUGCCGCCUUGUGUGCCCCUAACCACGCUGGAUUACUUCGAAGGGAGUGUGGCUGGGUUUGUGAUUCUCAUCGUUGCACUCUGCUGUUUACCUUUAGUGAGUUUGAUCAUUGCUUGGAUCGUCGCCUUCGCCCGGAGGAGAGACUUCAAAAAGCUGCAGAAGCAGCAAAGCCCCAGCGAGCGGUCUGAAGCAUUUCCAGGGGGGAUAUCAGCUUUUGAAUGGCAAGGUCCGAAGACCGCCACCUCCCACGUCUACCUUCAGCUGCACGAAGACAAGGUGAUCAAAGUGCUGGACGGCAAGCUGGCGGUGGUCAGAAGCAUCAGUCUGAGAAACCAGCAGCGGGUGGAAACCAUCUUGUCCAACAACAAAGGCAGCAAGACCUUGCUCCUGAAGAUCCCCAAGGAAUACGACCUGGUGUUGCAGUUCAGCAGUGAGGUAGAUCGCAGGGACUUCCUCGUGCACCUCAAAGCCUACCUGGAGAGAAGCCGGCUGACUCUGCGUGCGUUCGAGAUGAAGGAGCAGCAGUUGCUGAAGAAGGCAGUGACCAAGGAGCAGAGGAAGAAUAUCCUGGAGAUUUUUUUCCGGCAUUUAUUCUCCCAGGUCUUAGACAUUGACAGAUUGGAUGCCGGGGAACUCAGCUUGGAAACAUCUCAGAAAGUCAAAGAAGCCCUGAAGUGUGAGCUGAGCCGGGCAGAGUUCGCAGACGCUUUGGGGCUGAAGCCCCAAUCCGUCUUUGUGGACUCCAUGUUCUCUCUGGCGGACAAAGACGGCAAUGGAUAUAUCUCCUUCAGGGAGUUCCUGGACAUCCUUGUGGUCUUCAUGAAAGGAUCUCCACAAGAGAAGUCCAAACAGAUGUUCACCAUGUAUGACAUAGAUGGAAAUGGGUUCCUUUCCAAAGAAGAGUUCUACCGGAUGCUGAGGUCCUUCAUCGAGAUCUCCAACAACUGUCUCACGCGAGAUCAGACCGAGCAGGUGAUCGAGUCAAUGUUCAGAGAGUCGGGAUUCCAAGAUAAGACGGAGCUGACGUGCGAGGAUUUUCACUACAUGCUGCGGGACCAUGACAAUGAGCUCCGCUUCACCCAGCUCUGUGUUAAAGGCGUUCCUGACAGAUUCAGACAAAACAUGAGCAACCGGGUCUCUUUCAUAAACAAGGACAAAGUAAAUCAGAACCUUGGUCCAUCACCGCAUCUCUACACUGAGGCACGGAGGGAAAAGUACCGGAAGAGCCUAGUCUACCGGAAGAUCCAGCAGUUCAAGCGCUUCAUCGAGAACUACCGCCGCCAUAUCAUUUGCGUGGUGAUUUUCUCAGCCAUCACGGCUGGCGUCUUUGCAGAGAGGGCUUACUACUAUGGAUUUGCAUCCCCGCCCACCGGAAUUGCCGAUACGACGUUUGUGGGCAUCCUCAUCUCUAGGGGAGGAGGCGCCAGCAUCUCGUUCAUGUACUCGUUCAUCCUGCUCACCAUGUGUCGGAACCUCAUCACCUUCCUGCGGGAGACGUUUUUCAAUCGCUACAUCCCCUUCGACUCUGCCGUGGACUUCCACCGUUGGAUUGCUACAGGGGCCCUGAUCUUUUCAAUUCUUCAUACAUUAGGGCACGUCGUCAACGUCUAUAUCUUCUCUGUUACCCCACUCAGUGUCCUGUCGUGCCUCUUCUCCAAAGUCUUUACAGAUGAUGGGUCCCAGAUUCCCCCUAAGUACUAUUGGUGGUUUUUUGAGACAGUCCCAGGCAUGACUGGGGUGCUGCUGCUGGUCAUUCUUGCAGUCAUGUACGUCUUUGCCACUCACUACUUCCGGCGCAUCAGUUUCCAGGGUUUCUGGAUCACUCAUCACCUUUACGUGGUUCUCUAUAUCUUGGUGAUCAUCCACGGCAGCUUUGCUCUAAUCCAGCAGCCCCGUUUCCACAUUUAUUUCAUCGUCCCGGCUCUCAUCUACGGCGCAGACAAGCUCAUCAGCCUGAGCAGGAAGAAGGUGGAAAUCAGCGUGGUGAAGGCUGAGCUCCUCCCUUCAGGAGUCACUCACCUCCAGUUCCAGAGGCCUGAAGACUUUGACUACCGGUCCGGGCAGUGGGUGCGGAUCGCCUGCCUGUCUCUGGGCACCAACGAGUACCACCCCUUCACUCUGACCUCUGCGCCCCAUGAGGACACGCUGAGCUUGCACAUCCGAGCAGCCGGACCCUGGACGACCCGGCUUCGAGAGCUCUACUCCCCAGAAAGCGUAGCGGAAAUCGGCAGGUAUCCCAAGCUCUACUUAGAUGGGCCGUUCGGAGAAGGGCACCAGGAGUGGAACAAGUUCGAAGUCUCUGUGCUGGUGGGAGGGGGCAUUGGGGUGACCCCCUUUGCCUCCAUCCUCAAAGAUCUGGUCUUCAAGUCGUUGGUCGGCUCCAAGAUCCCAUGUAAGAAGAUCUAUUUCAUCUGGGUGACACGAACGCAGCGGCAGUUCGAGUGGAUGGCUGACAUAAUCCGCGAGCUGGAAGAGAAAGACCAGCGCGAGCUGGUGUCCGUCCAUAUCUACAUCACUCAACUAGCGGAGAAAUUCGACAUGCGCACUACUAUGCUGUACAUCUGUGAGAGGCACUUUCAGAAGGUUCUGAACCGGAGCUUGUUCACAGGCUUGCGGUCCAUCACCCACUUUGGACGGCCACCCUUUAUCCCUUUCUUCUGCUCCUUGCAAGAGGUCCAUCCUGAGGUUAAGAAGAUCGGGGUGUUCAGUUGUGGCCCUCCGGGCAUGACCAAGAAUGUGGAGAAAGCCUGCAAGAAGAUCAACAAGCGGGACCAGACCUAUUUCGUGCAUCAUUAUGAGAAUUUUUAGGCAUUUGACUG